ACAGAAAUUAAUUCUUAAAUGUAUGUUCUCAUUUAGAAGUGAAUAAUGUAGAGAAAUUUAUAACGGUACUUUAAAUGACUAAAAUUUAAUAGUUUGAUCACAAAUACAUUGUUUUUAUAUAUAUAUAUUAUAAUUUCAUAAAUAUAUGUAAUUUUAUUUAGAUUUUUACAUUUAAUCAUGUCGAAUAAACAGAAUGUUCAUUCUACAAUUUAUACUCAAAUGAUUAGUUUAAAAAUGAAAAUAUUUUUAAAGAUUUUUUUAUAUUCUAUAAUGGGUCCAAUAAUUUUAUAUUAUUUAUUUUUUUCUUUUUUACACUACCAUGAAAAUUUAACAAAAAUGCAAAUAAAAGUAUUAGAAAUGAAAGAAAGAAAGCCAUUGUAUCGAAUAUAUACAAGAAGUAAUAAUAUUGAACAUUUAAAACAUGUAUUUAUCGUAUUAGAACGUUUGGGUUUUAAACAAACUCAUGAUGAAUAUAAUUGGGAUUUACUGUGGGCACAUGAUUAUCCAUUUAGAACUUUAAAUUUUAGUAUGAACAAAUUGAAACCUCAUCAGCGAAUCAAUCAUUUUCCUGGUUGCGGAUACAUUACAAAUAAAGUAGAUUUAUCUACAUCGAAAAGUCGUUAUAUCUUACCGGCAUUUAAAAUACCAGAACAAUAUGAAGAAUUUCUUUUAUAUACUAAUCAACAUUCCGAGAAAAUAUUUGUACAAAAAUCGAAUAAUCAUCGGGGUAUUAGUAUAAAAAAUAUAAGCGAAAUAAGUGUUACAGAAACUGGAUCUUUUAUGCAAGAAUUUAUACAGCGACCAUUUCUUAUAGAUGGAUAUAAAUUUGAUAUUGGAAUAUAUGUCGUAAUUACAUCUGUGAAUCCUCUUAGAGUAUAUGCAUAUAAAGGUGAUGUUCUUUUUAGAUUUUGUCCUAUAAAAUAUUAUCCAUUCAAUUCUGAAAUUUUAGACAAAUAUAUAAUUGGUGAUGAUUACUUGCCAAUUUGGAAUGUUCCAUCUUUGAAAUAUUAUUAUACUAAAUUAAAAUUUUCAAUGAAAAAUUCAUUCGACGCAUAUGUACGUUCGCAUGGAAAAUAUCCAGAAAAAAUUUGGAAUGAUAUACAUGAAGCAAUCAAAGAAAUUAUCCUUUUGAAAGAGAAUUAUAUUAUAAAAACUGUAAAACGCUUUGGAAAUGAAAGAAAUUUUUUUGAAUUAAUUAGAAUUGAUUUUGCUCUUGAUGAAGACUUAAAUGUAUAUAUUAUGGAGGCAAAUAUGUCUCCAAAUUUAUCUUCAGCACAUUAUCCAGCAAAUCAGUUACUUUAUGAACAAAUUAUAUUUAAUUUAUUUUCAUUAGUCGGUAUAGGACAAAGAAUCAGAAAAGAUUCUUUAAAAAUAAGAAAUAAAAUGGAAGAACGAAUGGAAGUAGCUGACAAGAAUAUAAUGGUUUUACCAGAAUUAUGUAUAAAAUGUAAUGAUUGUUUUCGUGUAGAAUGUCAAUUGUGUAGCCCAUGUUUUACACCAGAAAUUAAAAUGAUUUUCUCACAAAGUUAUUUAGAACAUCAGAACAAAAUGGAUUUUCAAAGAAUUUUUCCACCUCCUAUAACAAAAAAUAUGACAUCAAAAGAUUAUACAUUAAAAAAUCAAUUACUUGUUAGAUGGUAUCAAGGUAAAUGUGAAUUAGAUCUUUCAUGGUGUUUAUAAAUAUAUUUUUUAAGAAUUUUAUAAAUUAUUACAUUUUUAUAUAAAUAAUGUUUAUAUGUAUAUUGGCAGCAUACAAUCAAUUCUGAUCUAGAAUUAUUUGACAUCUUAUUUGUUAUUUAUGUAUUUCAUUAUCCAAAUUAAAAUAAAAUUAAAAUUUAUUUCUUAAUAAUGAAUUAAAAAAAUAAGAGAAAAAAACAAGAAAUGACCAAUUUCAUAAUUUUUUGUUUAUUAAAAUUAAAAUUAACAAUUAUUAUUUUAUUAUUCAUUUUUUUUAUGAUUUAAUUAAAAUAUACAUUUUACUUAUUAUUUUUUUAUUAGUUAACUAAAAUAUCAAAAUAAUCUUUUUCAAUAAAAAUAUUUUAUAAUAUUUUUUGUUUUUCCUCUUUACUCUUCAAUUAUAGUCAUGAAAAUUAUUAAAUUUUUGUUUAAUUUUUUUGUAGCAUUUUUUUAUGAUUUUUUUUUACCUUUGAUUCAGGUACAUUUGGAUUUGUGCCUUUAUAAAAUUCUUUUAAUAAAGUCAUUGCUUCAUGACCUUUAAUACCUCCCAUUAUUGUUGUUCUUGAAUUAUAAAGUUUUGGUAUUUCAAAAACACUAAUGCAUCCCCCAAAACGAUCAUUUCUACAACCAUAUAUAAUGUUACAUACUUGUAGCUGACAUAAUGCAGAUGUACACAUUAUACAAGGUUCUACUGUAACAAUAACAUUAAUAUUAUAAAAAACAUUUUUAUAGCUUAAAUUUUUUAUUUUACAGAAUUCUAAAACUUGAUCUAUACAAUUUAUUUCUGCAUGUCGAGUUGCAUUAUGAGUUUCAUUAACUGUAUUGUUAUCUGUAGCAAUAACUUUAUUAUUAUAUAUAAAUAAACAACCAACUGGAACUUCA